CCCUGUUGCAACUUGUAAUAAACUAAAUAGAUUUUUGAAUGACUAUCUGCAACUGCUCUUCUCUUUUGUUCACCUGGAAAUUCCUAUUACAUCACCCCUCCCUCCUUUCAGCGAGCCUGGAUCUCUGUGAGAGAGGAAGGCCAUCCUGUCUGUAUCCCCAGGCUGAGCACUCACACACAGAGGGACGAUGAGGCUAGGUUGGGUCCGAGGGCUGGCCCCUUUGCUGGCCAUGGCUGCUGGAAUACUCUACAUCACAUCCAUUAAGCAGGAGGUUCAUUCUCAUGGGGAGAGACUGCAGAGGGCCCAUCAGAAUGACUCAGUCAGGGGCCAGGACAUGCUCAAGAGGCUGGAGAAGAUGGAAGCUCACAUCGAGAAGCUGGGUAAGUCUCAAUCUCCUUCAUUUAACUGUGACUUACCUGGAAGAGAAAUGCCAGUAGCUCUGUCCACACACUGUACCUGGACUACAGUCUGCCACUGUUCUAGAUGGUAGGGCAGAGUUAGAGGGUAGGAUUUGAGAACACAUUAGAAUCUAGCCUGAGCCUACAUGUAGAGUUGAUCCCAGGAAGUUAUUUCAAACUAAACAGUGAUGAUUGUAAAAGGGAAUUUGUUCUCAAUUAAAUAAACUAAUAAAAUAUUAAAUUAAAUAAAAUAUGCCCAUAAUCAUUUUAGAUUGUUAUUUAAUCCUGUACACUGUUGCUUAUUGCACAACAUUUGAUUCACCAACUUCUGUGUGCCAAAGUUUGCCACAUUGUUUACUAUUACAAAAAACAAUUCUCCAAGGUAGAUCAAACAUUAUUAAUCAACUUUUUUUUUUUUUUAAACACACAUGCAAACAGUUACUGAAGCUAUGUAAAUAAGGUCAUGCUCCGUUUGUAUGAAAAGGGGUGACUCAUGUUGAUUCUGGCAGCCUUAACACACUUAUUACAGUGAAGACAAUCAACGAAGGGAUCAGUCUGAAAGAGGGGCAGGCUGUGAUGGCUCCCGAGGUCAAGAAGGAGAGGAAGGUGGUGAAGAAGUUGUACCCCAACUCAGCUCUGUUUAGAAGCUGGGGUGACGAGCUCUCAGAGGAGGAGCAGAAAGAGGCAGAGGGGCUAUUUCAGACGUAUGGAUACAACGCCUUCCUGAGUGACAGACUACCCCUGAACAGGGAAAUCCCUGAUACUCGCGAUCCUAAGUAAAUCAUUUUCCUCAUCUCUCCUCCACCUCUACACAAUAAAUGAUGUAUAACUCAAGACUUCUGAAUUCUAACCACAGUCUGUUGCAUCCGAGGUCAUCUGAGGUCAAUUCCAUCUCCAGCACUUUUAAUGCAGUUUGAUGAAUAACAUUGAAAUUGACAAUAACUUUAAGAGUGAAACAGCAGCUUUGGUGAAGUGAAUUAAUGAUAUGAGCAAGACCAAAUGUUUUUGUUGUGCCUGUUAGGUGUGCUAAUCACCAGUACCCCCAUGACCUGCCCACCAUCAGCGUGGUGUUGAUCUACUUGGACGAGGCCCUGUCCAUCAUCAAGAGAGCCGUCCGCAGCAUCAUAGACAAGACCCCCCAACGCCUGCUCAAAGACAUCAUACUGGUGGAUGACCACAGCUCCAAUGGUUCGCCUAAUUGGUCUUUUCUCUACGCAUAGAAACAUUUGAAAGUAUAUUUGUUAACAUUUAGAUUGAACUUGAUUGAAAGGUGUGGCUUUCAACUUUUGUUGUGUUUCACUGAUUUGCAAGUUUCUGCUUUCACAGAGGAUCUAAAGGAGAAGUUGGACGUCUACAUCAGCUUCAUCCAAGAAGAGCGUCCGGGCCUGGUGAAGAGAGUGAGACACUCAGAGCAGCUCGGUCUCACACAGGCCCGCCUCUCAGGGUGGAGGGAAGCUGAAGGAGAUGUGGUGGCCAUCUUGGAUGCCCACAUAGAGGUCCAUGUGGAAUGGUAGUCUAAAUGUUUUUUGUUAUAAAAUAUGCUUUUGAAUCCCUCCUCCCAACAUGGUAUUUUCAGUCUGUGUUUGUGUGAACAGGGCGGAGCCUCUGUUAGCUCGGAUAAAGGAGGACCGCACGUUGGUGUUGACACCGGUGUUUGACAAAGUCAAUUUCGAUGACUUGACAGUCACACGUUAUGGACCUGCUGCAGACACCUUUGACUGGGCCCUGUGGUGUAUGUACGAGCCCUUCAGACCUGAGUGGUACGCCUUGAAAGACGAGUCACAGCCAGGAAAGUGAGUUUCAUGAUUUCAUCAUAGGAUGAUAGUCCAGUUUCACAAGUCUGUUUGAAUAGGCGAUAAGGAAAGCACAGCAUUGGGUCGUAAAUCUCACCUAAUAUUUACACCUGGAUUAUUAUUUUGCGUUAUCUAUUCAUUAAAAUGAAUGUCACUUCUCCCAGUGUAGAAAUGACCAUGAUUUGUACUGUAUGUUUGUCAGGAGCCCCUCCAUUAUGGGCAUACUAGUGGUUGAUCGCCUGUUUUUUGGGGAAAUUGGUGCUCUCGACGGUGGUAUGAAGAUCUAUGGAGGUGAAAAUGUUGAACUGGGCAUCCGGGUAAGCCCCUUUAGAUGAAAUCAAUAAAAUAUGGCCCAUAAUCAUUUUAGAAUGUUCUUUAAUCCUGUAUACUGUUGCUUGAUGCACAAAUGUGUUCAGUUUGGAUCUAUCAACUUCUAUGUUCCAAAGUUUUCCACAUUGUUUACUUUUACAUAUGUACUUCAAGGUAAUCCUCCAAAGCAGAUCAAACCUUAUUAAUCAACUUUUAAAAAACAAAUGCAAACAGUGAUUGAGGCUAAUAAAUAAGGUCAUGCUCUGUUUGCCCCUGCAUUAAAAGUGCUGGAGACGGAAUUGACCUCACGAUGACCUCGGAUGCAACAGACUGUGGUUAGAAUUCAGAGGUCUUGAGUUAUACAUCAUUUGUUGUGUAGAGGUGGCGGAGAGAUGAGGAAAAUUAUUUACUCAGAAAAUGUUGGAACUGGGCAUCCGGGUAAGCCCCUCUGCUACAGUUUCUAAAUGAAUGUUUGAAAUCAAAGCGGACUUGUUUUUGCAGAAUUACUUUCUGUUCUUGAGUCAUUCAGUUUGCACAAACCAAUCUACAUCCAGACACUUCAGUCCAUAUCUAUAAACUCUUCCUUCUCUCUUGGUGUGUGGUUUUCUAGGUGUGGCUGUGUGGUGGAAGUGUUGAGGUCAUACCUUGUUCUAAAAUAGCCCACAUCGAGAGGGCCCAUAAACCCUAUCUCCCCGAUCUGAGCAUUACAAUGAAGAGGAAUGCUCUGAGAGUGGCUGAGGUCUGGAUGGAUGAAUACAAACAGAAUGUCAACAUCGCCUGGAACCUCCCACUGAAGGUACACUCUUAGAAAAAAAGGGUUCCAAAAGGGUUCUUCGGCUUACCCCAUAGGAUAACCCUUUUUGGUUGCAGGUAGAACUAUUUUGGGUUCCAUGUAGAACCCUCUGUGAAAAGGGUUCUACAUGUAACCAAAAUGGGUUCUUCAGGGUUCUCCUAUGAGGACAGCCAAAGAACCCUUUUAUGUUCCAGAUAGCACCUUUUUUCUAAGAGUGUACUGUACAGAACAAACAAUUCAAAAAGUAGGCUUUGUUCAGGUGCUCCUAUAGAAUAACAAUCAUCACUGUUAUUGCAGCUUGAAAGAAGACUAGACAGUCAGAAUUAGCACUGUGUGAAAAAUUUAUAUGAUUCAAUGCCACAAUAAGGAUAUUGAAGUAUGAUUUAUGUAAAUAUCUGGAGGUAAAAACAAAAGUGGAAAAUAGGUGGAUUGUUCACAUGGCCUGUGUUUAUGAUUUAGAAAUCUUCCUAUUUCUCACCACAGGACCAUGGCAUAGACAUUGGGGAUGUUUCAGAGAGGAAGAAGUUGAGAAAGAGGCUGAACUGCAAGCCCUUCCAGUGGUAUCUGGACAACGUGUAUCCCAUGUUAGACCCCCUGGGUGACUUGCUUGGUUAUGGAGCUGUGAGUGAUGCUAAAACAUUUAUCAUUGUUCUGCACACACACACACACACACACACAGUCUGCUGUUCUAUUAUGUACUAUUCAUUCAUUCAUUCAACUACGCGACCAAGACACUACCCACUUUAUAUCUAUAAAUACAUUCAUACUUGACAUAACACAUUCAUUAUCUAUACUGUAUGUAUAUACACUGUACCAGGAUAAUAAUCUACACUUUUAUAACCGUUUAAUCUCUGUCUAUAAAAUCAACAGCUGGUCAAUGACCUGAAGACGGAUCUCUGUAUAGAUCAAGGCCCAUUUCCAGGGAACACACCUAUUUUAUAUGGAUGCCAUUAUUAUGGUCCACAGGUUUGUAGAAUCAUUGCUUAGUAUUUUAUUUAUUUAACUACAUGUAUAAUAUGGUCCAUCCCAUGGCAGACCUGGGAUUCAACCCAUACCACAAUGCAAAAUAUUGUCAAUACCACAGACUCAGAAAAGCGAAAAUAUCUAUCCUCUCUGUCCAGAACUGUUAUUAUCGAGCCAGCGGGGAGAUCUACGUUGGAGGCAUCAGGUCCCAUAAGUACGACAGUAAUCGUUGUCUGGUGGACACUGGCACUCGAACCCCAGGACUGUAUGAGUGCAAGGUGGCCAAGCAGAAGGGAUUCCACAUGCUCUGGGACUUUCAACAGGUGAGGAUUACAACACUCUGUAAAAUAGGAAAAUGUAUACUAAUAAGCAUAUUGAAACAGGGAAUUUCAAAGGCAACAUGCCCAAAACCAUGGCUAAAAGAACUGUAAUUUACUUUUUAGUGGUUUUUAUUGUGGUAUGUUGUACAGUAGACUGUUUUUUACAUUUUACAGGGAAAAGCCAUCCAGAACAGACAGACAAAGAAAUGUCUGGAGAUUGCCCCAGGGGACGACACCUACUACCAGCUCAUCAUUCAGGAGUGCAGUGGGCAGCACUGGAAAAUACAGAAUCUGAUAAAAGACUUCUAA